UUCUGCCACAAGGUAACAACAAAGGCACAUGGACCAAAAGGAUUUGCCCCUCCACGGUAACAUACAGCGACAUUAACGCUGCAGCUCGUCUGUGCAGUCACGUUUGUUGCCUGCAAAAGCGAUCGUGUUCGGGACGCAGCAGCCUAGUUUAGUUGUGAUUUGUUUUUUUGCAUUGUGCAGCUUUAAUUUGCUCUUCAGACUUGGUUCAGGUGUUUUGAAGUAGGGUUGUAUGAGGUGCUUUACUAUAGUCUGUGUAUUACUAUAGCAGACGUACUACCACUUUAAUGUUCUCAAGAGAAACGUCCUGGUCGUGUGUUCAUAAGGUUCCAAGCGCAGUCAGUCAGAUUCUUGUAAAAAUGUUCUAACAGGAUAUUGUUGCAUUGGGGUGAUUUUGCAGCGCUGCAUUGUUGUCCCAGUCUUCGACACCAGAGGGAGGCAGUGGUCUGAGAGUCUCCUACCUACAAUAAUCCGUGACCCACAGGUUGUGGGUGCUUGUUGCAGCUGUGCUCAGACUGCACCCCCGGCUUCAUCCAGUAAUGAACUAUGGUCUGUCUCACAUGGACCAGUGCGUGAAAGCUUUCUCCAGUAAUACCGUUGAUGUCUGGCAGAGGCUUUAACUUCAUUGCUUGCUGAUUUAGAGACAGUGUGGGGGUGAAUAGCAAUUUUUGAGCUAGAAACCUUUACUUGCAUCUACUAUAUGAAUAUUUAAAUGCAAUAAACUAUGCAUCGCUGCAUGUUUGGGUGGCACAAUGCAUCAUCCAAUGCAGACUGCAGAACAUGUGCUUCAAUGGUUCUAUCCCGUAACUAAAUUACCAUUAAUGUGCAUUAUGUAAUUCAGUUAUCUCAGUCUAUAAAAAGAUUUUCUACUCUCAAAGUCACCUCACUCUCUCAAGAGCUGCAGAGAUGAAGUGCAGGUGAUAUUGACAGCACUGAACCAGCAGGAAUAGUGUGCAGUGCUGUUAAUAUGCGGUACAUUUUUCUAUACUGAUACUAGUAAAAACAUUUUGCCUGUUUCGUAGCUUGAGUUGAACACCGUUUCAACUGCAAUAUUACUACUGCUAGGAGAAGCAAAAUGAGCGUACCGGUAUGCAAACACAACAGCCUCUGCUUUACUUCUAAAUCUAAAUACUGUUGUGUAAGUAAUAGUGCAUAACUCUUAAGUUUAUCAUUGUUUCACAGCUGACUUGAGUCCCCUCACUCAGUUCACCAGGAGACUAUUUGUUUACGAUGUUCACGUUUUUUUUUUGUCCAUUUUUCAAUGGAUUCGAAAGAAAGAGGUCACUUGCGUGACACGAUGCUUCUUGCACAUUUAGUCCGCAGCAUCAGUUACAGCACCAUGAUGGCUGCUCUGCCUUUUCUGACUUUGAAUGUUAAUAACUUUAUACGACACAGAGGAUGACCUACUGUGCCCCCAUCUCAUAGGGUCUACAUCAGCAGACUACCCCGUCAUCUCAUUUGCGCUGAAAAGCAGGGAGUGAUUUGUAAGUGUACCGAGUUACUAGAAGCCAAACAUUCUCGACCUCUGGCACUACAGGGAUUGUAAACUCAGUGACCAGCCAGUGAUACCGGGCCUCAAAGAAAGCAGACAUCUACCCCUUUAAUAGCUUUGUUAGUGGACUUUACGGGCAACUUAUGAGCUUGUACAAUAGUAACCAUGCGGACAUUUCUUUGCUUAAUUAUUAGCGUUAGUUUGUAGCUCCAUACUCAACACAGUUUCUCCCAUUUUUCCACUAGUGGAAUAUCUUUUGGGUUUCUUGGUUAUGCAAAAGCAAACAGAAAUACAACACACACAACCAAAAUGGCAUGAUAGAUAAUGUUUAACUCUUUGCAGAGGCCUCCAGGGUGAACAUGAUUGCAUGGCUUGCCAUUUAACGAGUUACUUUGGGCUGAUCAUGUUGUAGCAGACUGGAACAGUGAGUCUGUCACAUAGCUUUAUGGCCUAAGAUUAGUCGGAAAGCUCAAGUAACCUCCGCAAGGCCCGGGGCGAGUCACAGUCGCAGCCAUUCACAGGCGCCUCAUCGGUCAUUUAACACUGCAUGUGGACUAUUGUCAAAAAUGGUUUGCAACCUGAAAGGGAAAAUUAAAUAAUUGUAAGCCAACCAUUCACGUGAUUGAAAUUCUAAAAGCAUCACUUGAGGAUAUUCAAUGAGGCCUGUUGUCAGAUCUUUUUUUUCCCUUGUAUGUCUAUACAGAAAGACACUGGUCUCUAUUUGUCGGCAUAAAUUUGAAAUACAGAACUUCAACUCUUUACUACUCGUUGAGUACAGAGGUGUGGUGAGGACCUGACACAGCAGGCUAAACCUAAAGUGCCAAAAAAAGCCAACUGAUCAAACAAAUUGAGUCCCCUGACGUUAUCUGCAAAAAGGUGUACAUGUGAAUACACUGCUGACAUGCAUGCACAGUAGACUGUACUAUACUCUGCUCUCAUGGUGAAGUACGGUCACAUUACAUUUCAAUCCUACAAACAAUCGCUCCCAUAAACUCUGAGGCAGCUGUGUUUGUAGGUGAUGUUAUUUUUCUAGUGUUUUAUCACCAUUUUUAGUACAUUAUCAAACCACCAGACCACAAACUGUAGCGUCACUCUCUCACUCUGUUCAUAGUCUGCGACUGAUCCCAUCAAUAUUUAUUUAUUACCUGCUGCAGAGCGAUGAUGUCAUGGAACACGAGGUUUUCCUUUAAUGGAGAUGCAAUGUGACCGAAUCCAAAACAAAUCAACGGCGGAAGUUAAUUUCACACAAUUUUUCGUCACCACCACGAAUCGAUUGAGUCUCAUUAAAUGCUUGGAAUACAAAUUGUGGAUGUGAUUGAUUUAAAAGCGGCAAACUGGAAGCCUAUACAGUUUGUCCUUGCUCGGCACACAAGUUAGAAAAAUAAGAAAAGUCUACUAAAUGGGGUGAAAUCACUACUUAUUUGCUCAUCCGAAUGUUUAGUUGGGGAGCUUCUAUCACCAACAGCCUCUGCUGUUUGUUCAACAUGCUCAAUUGGCUGAACAGCUGCCGAUAAGGCGCCAACUUACUCCAAUUGUGCUGAACGUACUGUAAAAACUAUGGCCGUUGGUCCGCUCAAUGGCGUCCAGCGGCCCUCGGUCUACUCUGAUAGAUGUUGUGGCUCCGUAAUCCUCCUCAAACAAUGGUGGAUGUGAGAAUAGAAGAGAGGUUAAGCCCCGUAGGUCUGUCUGUUACCAUGUGCUCAGACAUUUAAAUACACACAGGGAAGGCUGUCUCCUGCCACUUGCUCUAUUUGUAGAUUUCUACAUAUUCAUCAGAUUCUCGGCUGUUUUCUGUUUUUAUUUUAUGUGGAAAUCAGCAUAAUCUGCUUUAAUAACUUUUCUCAAUUCUUAACGGUUGCACCUCUUGUUGCGCCGGUAGACGUUUAUAGCUUCACUGCACUAGUGCCUCUUUGUGACGGUUUAGAUAGAAAAACACCAACAUCCUGCUUCUUGUAGCUGCAUGCGAGUCCAUCCCUUUUGAUACUUGGUCAAGUGAAUCAUUGUUUAAGUGCAUGUGUCACACAUACUAACAUUGAACUACUGUGGGAUCGUCUCCUGAAAUAUCCUCCGCCUCUCUGCUGACAUAGACAGAGUUACUGACAUUCCUGGACACCUUGGUUCAUGGGAGAGCUGGAGAAGGCCAGCGGAAAACAAAACCUAGCUUCAACACUUGCCCUGGCGAAUGUGAUCCGGACGAGGAUACUGAGGAGUUUCGUUGUAUGCCGACAUGCUCUCAUGGCGUAGAGUUAACCGGGCUCAGGGAUGAUGUGGUCCACUAAGUUGGGAGGCACACAGGGGAGGGGGUCAGAGAAUGACAACAAUGAGGAAGCUCUCUGGACUCGUGGGCUGCGUCAGACGCCUGCUGGUUCACAUUCCACCACCGAGGGGGUCAUGAGAGCAGAUUCCCCAGUGCCCGUCUGAGGGGGGGUGACUGAGUUGGUCCAUCCUCUUUUCAGGCCCCGACGGCAGCUGCCUUGCCUGGCUUGGGUGCAACAGUGACCUCACACCUCCAGAGGUAUUUUAAAGGGUGCCAGUCAGCAGGGAGAUGAGUUCUGAGUAGGUAGGUGCAGCAUUGAGACGUCUGUCCCAUGAUUGAGAGGUCCGAGGAAGGUCCUACAUUGAUGUGAGAAAAGUUGUCCGCUUGCGACAAUAGUCGGCCAGGUUUGGGAGCUCCCUCUGGGAUAUGAUCCAGUAGACGGCCUGUUUUGCAAUGCUGAAGCAUUGCCCUCUUGCCCGUUUCUCGUCUGGGGCUCGGAGAAAGAUGCCAAAUGUUGCCUUUGGGAAAGAGAAGACGUCGUCCCACGUGCCGCUGGAGAACCAGGCAGACCCCAAGCACGUUGCCGAGGAACCGUUACCCCCUCAGAAAGUACUCAAGAUAUUCAGCCUCAACAUCAUCGCACAGGGUUUGCCUUUCUGCCGCCGACGGGUGAGUUUUGUACGUAUUAGGCCAGUCACACGGGUCGAGUUCAGUUGAGUAACGGAACCUGAAAAUGUCAAAGGUCACCUCUUGCCCUCUUUCCCCUUGGUUGUUGUCACUUUGUGUAACUGCUGUUUAAUCGAAGAGGUGGAUCUAAAUUGAAGCUCCUUGGCUACUUUCAUUAAAGUCACACCCCCUCUAAGCAAACGAGCAGAAAAUCUUCCCUUUUAAGGAUUGUUUGAACUUGAAUAACUGAUAGUUGUUGCAUUGCUGCAACAACUUAAAUAAAUAAGAACAAAUUGAGACACUUUUAAUGUAAGGUGGAUGGAUACAUUUGUUUGUCCGAUGUACUUCAAUCGUUUCAGUACGUCCACGGAUACAAACGUUCUCUGUUCUCGGCUCCACCCAUGACGGGCGACGGACACCAACAUAUAACCUUAAAAAGGCCGUCGCCCAAUGAGCCUAUUUUUAGGUCAUGUUUUAGAUGAAACAAUAAAUUGGUGGUGUUGCCUGGGAGAUGUGUUUGCGUUCUAUUUUGUAAUUCCUCUCGUGUGUUAGUUGUUGAAGGUUGAAGCAGUUCUAAAACAUCAUUACGCUCCAACUAUGACAUUAGCAACUUCUUCCCCUUUAAAAGCAAAUCAGGUUGCCUGUUGGCAACUAUAACGGUAACACUGGUUGCAUUAAAAGUCUCCUUUUGAUAAAUUAUUAAGAUUAAACUUCCAUUUCAAGUGAGAUGCUUCUUGGCGAGCCCAGGGCCCCGUCUGAAAGAAUAAACCGUCUAAAUGACGCUAAUCUCUCCAUGUUUUGUCACCGGCUGUCUAACAUUCAAACAUGAAGAGAUUAAAGGUACGAUCAUCACAUUUUAAUUGAUAUUAUGAAAUGUAGAUUAAAUAAAUGAACCAGAUUUAUUCAGACAAAUUUAUUCAUGCUGACAUUUGAUAAUUAAAUUAUUUUGUGCUCAUGUCACUUUUUUUAAUAAAUCCCCCAAACUCAAAAUGUAACAAAACAUUCACUGUCAAUAUCUAGUAUUGGUUUAUUAAACGUAUAAAGCAGGAAAUAAAUAUACUUCCUGAUACUUAACAUGCGUUUGCUUUUUUAACGUUAUAUACCGGCCUUAAAUACUUGACCAACCAGAUUUUAGGAGCCACUUUAAUGUGUCUGAGUUGACUUGUCAGGUUUAUAAUUAAAUAUAAAGCCGAGGACAUCUUGGCGAAAGGCUCACCAGCUGUUUUUGUACGGCUGCAUCUGACCUCUGAAUGUGGUGCGGACAGUUUCUUUAUUGUCACUGAAGAUACAAAGAUGGGCAGUUAAAUCAUUACACUCCCGUCUGUCAGGAAAGACAUGGAGAUAGAUUGGGGUAGUGAGGAGACCGGUUGUGAAACAUCAGACUAAAAUAGAAAUAAGGGAAGAUGUCACAAUGACGGAGAAGUGUCAGCGUGUCCUUCACUCUCUCGGAUCAAAGCGUGCCACUGUGUUCACCAGCUUUAUGAAACAAAUCGUCUAAUACAGAGAUUUAGUUUAAAUUAGUGCUGUUUAUGCAGCAGUUCAACAGUAGUUUCAAAGAAUAGCUGAGACAGACCAGCAGCUUUCUUUAGAUAACCCAGCCACGGCUCAAAAUGUCAAAUCUUUGUUGCAAGGGAAAGCGGCAUUGAUUUCUACAAUAACAUCAAAUAUAAUAAAGGUAGACAAAGAGGGAGGCUGUGUGUUGCACCUCUCUUUUGACACUAAGAUGUCCUGCAUGAUCCCUGAUUACGUCUCUACAUAUCGCCUGUAUCCUUUUAUAUGAUGAAGUCAUGUUGAGCAUCAGAGACAUUUGGUCUGGUCUUUGGUUAAAGAACUACAUUCCCAUCAGCCUCAGCUUUGCUUCAGUUGAGCCUUUCUCGCUCUUAUUCAUAUAUGUGGGCUCCAAAAUUCAGUUUCUAGCUUCCCUGCCAUCUUCUGGCUGCUGGACGGAAAGAAUUGACUCAACAGACAUAUUUAUUUUACCAGCCACAAUUAAUAAAUUGUCAUCAUUGUCUCAUAUGCGAUUCUCAAUCAAUAGAUUAGUAGUGUGCAGUAAUUAUAGUAGUAACACUAAUGUUAAUUCAACCGUUUCGACACUAAAGUCUAACGCAUUUGAUUUGAUGAAUUCAGUAGUAUUUACCUUUCAGCUCACAAAGGGUAUUUUUUUUAAGGAGGUUGAGAAUGUAACAAUUAUGGAGAAAUUAACCAAAGAGAAAAAAGUUAAAAUAAGUUCAGAGUAAUAGUAGUAAUAUUUUUUUUUAUUCUGUUGUAACAUGUUAAAUCUUCUCUCUUUUUCCUCCUUGUAUCCGCUUUAGGUAGAACGCCACGGUAGUGCUGCUUCUAAUCCACGAAUAUUAUUUUUUAUAUUCAAAUAUGUUGUGUUUUUUUUCAAUACAUAUUCAAAUACAACUUUUGACAGCAUUAUUCCACAUCUGCCACACUUUACAUAUAGCAUGAUUGGGAACAGCAGUGAAGAGAUCUGUCAGGAUGAUAAUUCAUUUGAAUGUUACAGAAAGUAGAACUGGGGAAAAGCACAGCAUGGAACUCUUUAAUCUGUGUGCCCGUGGAUUAGACGAAGGCAUCUGUGCUUGUGCUCAGCAACACUUUUACUUUUGAUUGUUUGCUUUUCAUGUUUAGAAAGGCAAAGCACAUCAGGAAGCUCGAGACUGAGAAAAGGGAACUGGAGCUUUAAGGUUGUUUGUGAAGUGUGUUCACAAAACGGAGGAAGCCUCGUCGGCUGUCUCCAGUGAACGGGAUAGCUGGGCCUGAAACUACCGCUUCAAAAGGAACAAACUAUUCUGUAAAAUACAUAUUUCAAUGCUUCCACUCUCUACUUUAUAAUUCUUUAUUUUAUUCCAAUUUAAAAUGUUCAUGUGGACUUGGACAUGGGAGCUUUCUAUGAGGCGAUGUCGUAUCUAUAAUGUCUCGUAUCUUAAAGUGAGAUCUUCUCCGGCCCCAACACUUCUCCUACUGUACUGAUAAAGAUAGUCCGAGGUUACAUUUCCAAUUAAAACGUGACAGGAGAAGCCAAACCGUAUUUCCGGGAGCCAAAAUGAGCAUCCAGCUGUUGCAGGAUAUAGCGAUCAAGAUAUAGAACAUUAACAGCAGGGCAUUUUAGUUGAGGUAUUGCUUUUCUCGCCCACCACACCCUGCACUGCAGGCCUGUUGAGUAAGGCGAUCUGGACCUGCCCAGAGCAGCUAUGUGUGCAUCAACAGCUAUCGGCAAGAUGCAUUCGCUGCCUGAGCAGGUGUUGUGGGUGUGUGGCAACUUUCCUUAGCCAGUUUGAAAUCAAGCCUCUAGGUUUCCUGUGGUUUUGUCUACACAGCUAUUGUCUUUUCUUUUCUGUUCUUUUGUUCGGUUUAUUUAUUAUUUGCUUCAUUUGUUGGUUUUUCUCCGUCUGUUUUGAACAAAUGUGUGCGCCUAAAGCUGUGUUUUAUCAGUUAAUGAGUAUGUUUGUAUGCAUAUUUAGCUAAUUAUGAAUCAGAAUGAUAUCAAAAAGCCAUCUCUCAUGAUUUGAAUGCACAGAUUUAUCAUCUAUUUUUGAGAACAUAUGCCUGGACGCACAGAGGACGUUCUUAAUCACUUUCAGUCCGACUUGUCCGUCCCUGACGGGUUACGCGAUACGUUCCUGAUCCUGCUGCUACCGAGUCGGAUGAUCUUAUAGCGGCUCAAGUGUUGUUCGUCUUUACUAUUCAUAUUUCAAAACCAACUGUUUUCCAUCAACAAAUCCUUGAAAUCACCUCGGCCACAUCGCUGUUUGGACUGUGCAUCAGCUACCUCGAGCAUCACAAAAAUGCAACUGUUGAUAUCUGUGCACAUUUUGUAGUUUAGUAGCUUGUCAAAUUUAAAUAACAAAACAGGGUCACCUUAUCAGUAAACUGAAUAAAAUAAGGAAUUAUUAUUAACUGAAUAAACAACAGUGCAAGCAUUGCCCAUUUCAGAGGUUGGUGCAAUGGCGAAAACGGUAACUACUCUGUGUUUAUAAUGAAACGUGGCCACAGCAAGAACACUAGAUUUGUGCAACAAGCGCCUGAUUAACACACCAAAAGUUUCUUAACAUCAGCCAUGCAGAUGUUGAUGUGCUUUUUAUUAAGUACCACUAAAUGUAAGUAAAUGAUUCUCCUCAGCGCCUCCGUAGCAGUGAAUUCCGUUUAAAUUUCUCUGGGCUGCAUAAAGGUUGCUGCUCCCACCUGACUCCCUCAUUAUGCAUUAGCAGUCAGCGUUUCACUUAAGAUAAAGCUGCUGCCCUGAAGGAGCAGCUGCCUUUACUAAUGGCGGUCUCUGUAGAUAAGUGUUGUAAAGAAAGUACGGCUCCCCCGACGGGAUCAUGCUGCUUGACAAACAUCAUCACGCAGCCCUUUUAAUCAUUUUUUCCUCCUAUUUUUGGAUCGCCAAAUGUAGAAUAUUGGGUUUGACAGCACAAGGAUCUUUUGAAGUUUUUUUUUUUUUACUUUUUCCCCCUCUUCUUCCAUGACUGAUGCAAUAUAUUGAAACACUGGAGUAAAGUUGGCAUGAAGUGAGAUUCCUUGUUUAGUUUGGUGGUUGACGAUGUAUGUUGGGAAUUUCAGUGCUUUCCCAUUUUUGUCUUGGAGCGUUAUCCUUUAAAAUAAAGAACAUAAUGGCUGAUUGAUAGUUUCUCUACCAAGUCAAAUUAAACUGUCAUGAAAAUGGUGGUUUUAGUUAUUUUUUUGUUGGUUUUGAAUAGUGGAUAAGAAUAAGUUGUAGAGGUGUGGAAAUUUCUCGUUUUGAGAUGCAUGGUGAUGCAUCAAUGCAGCGACUAAACGUGAUCAGGAGUCUGGUUUCUUUUCAGCUCAAAGAAAACAGAGGUCACAGAUACUGGUAACUGAUAACGAUGCAGCUUUUUAUAUUAUAAGCCGUUGAGGUUUUUGAAAGCAUUUCUAAAUAUAAAGGGAGUUCAGAUUUAUCUGCUUGUAUUAACUGAUGAAUAAGUAGCUGUGUUCAGUAGGACAGAAAAUAGGGGAUUCAUUGAGAAUCGUUAACGGGUGAAUCGUAGUCGAAUCGUGAGGCCAGUGAAGAUUCAGAAGAGCUGCUGUGUUAUGCUCAUGUCUUUACAAAGAGUCAUCCUCUGAUGUUGCCUUGAUGCAUUUGACCCUAUUUGUUGAGCACACGCAGACUGCCGAUACGAGUCGAUGAUUAAAAAAGGUCUGAUUUCGGCCAUUAAGCCCUCCUCUGAAGUAAGGACCACAGUCCACUGCAGGGGUUUGGAAUUCAUUGUCCUUGGGCUCCAAAUAACACCGAGAGGAGGGAAGGCAUCUGCCAUUGGCUAUUCUGAGAAGCGGUCCCAUUCCAGGGAGCACACGGAUCCAGUCGGCUAGCUACCCAGCACCUAGAUCUGCCAAACGAGACCCGACUAUGGCACCCCAAAAACUGUAAUUAGUUUGUUGAAAGAGAUACUCUUCUUUGAUUGACGUCUAUCUCGCGGGGCCUCCUAAUAUUUAGUUUGUAAAAAUGGGACUUAUUUUCAAGUAUGUUAAAAAAUAUUGCAAUAAACAGAACAUCUGCAUACAGCUUUUUUGUCGUCUGAUGUCGACGAUGUCAAAACAAUCUUUGCAUUUUGACGCUGCACAUGAUCAGUUGACUUCAAGGCUGAUCUAGAAACCACUUUAGUUGGAGCCGGGGCUGCGUAGUUCACUCUUGUUGUGCUUCACAUACAGAGCGUACUGAAUAGCGAUGUGCGGCCACUUGCCACAGGGCUGCCCGAAGGCACUGACGUUUCCCUUGUUGUUUGAUACUCCAGGAACUGAGAGAAGAUGCACUCUUCCUUCAGGAAAGUGUCACAGCUGAAGGCUCCUCAACAUUAUUUUAAGGGAAGAUGUGAAGCAAAGUGAAACCUCUUAAACAAUUUCACUCAUGCAAACACUUGCAUUACUCAUCAGAUAAAUUAUUCAUCUCAGCUGUGCUGCACACAAAUAAUCUUCUCCAUAAUUCAACACUAUUGGUAUGUUACUUGUAUGUCGUAUACAAUGCAUACAGAAAAAUAACUGAAUAUUUGAUAGAAACUGUUUUUUUGCCAUUAAAAUGGUAAUAUCUUUUGAAUGGCCUGAUAACCUAUUGUUUUAAUCAUCAUUUUACUGUGAAGGACGGGGUGCAGACAUGAGCAUUAUAGCAGUAGGUUGUUAUACAUUAGAGAUUUCUGGGUUAGGUUUCUGUCAUGAACUCUGCUGCUGUGUAAUUAAUCUCAAUUUUGGCAUGUUUGAAUCAAAAUCUGAUGCCGGUUGGUGGGAUCUUUAUGUUGCCAGGAACAUGCCAAUCAUAUGUGAUCAAACCACAAUCACAGUCCUGAUGAAGCAGAAUAGUUGAGUUUUUGUGUGUUUAAUUACAAUUUUCGUUGCUGAUUCAGAUUUUAUUUUCUGAGAGCUUUAAUUGACAGCAAGACAUCGUUGUUAUUCGCAUAAACACACACAAUUCAAAUGAUUAAGAAAUACAUUUUUAUAUUUAAAUACUUGCUUGAUUAAAAACCUUUUGGCAUUAGUAGUUGUAAUGAUGUAUUAAAAGCUGCUGUGGAAACAUCCCCCUCAAACAGCUGUAUGUAUUUACAAGAUUACAUUUAAACACCUCAUGAUGGCGUUAUAAUCUACCUUCUAUCAUACUCAUUUUCACUGAGCAGAGCUUGAACGCACUCUUGUUUCUAAAGUACGUCUGUACUUUAAAUGCAUGAUUAAUGUUUUUUCUUCUUAACUUUAAGUUCACUUAUUUUAUUGUGAACAUUUCCUGUUAGGGAGAAAUACUCACAGACUUUAAGAGGAUCUGAAAAGUUCAUACAAGUGAUUGAGUUUGUACUCCGAUACUGUUCAGACUGUUCCUGUCUACAUAACGCUGUGUGUGUGUGUGUGUGUGUGUGUGUGUGUGUGUGUGUGUGUGUGUGAGAUCCGAACCCUCCACACUGAUGAGUUGUCUCUUCAGUUGAUCGCUGUUACCACAGUGACAGUAUUUGACGAUACCGGACUUGAGCCUUGAAUCCGUGUGUCCGGUCCUUCACCCCGUCUUUGUAUCAGCUCUUCUCUCCGCUAACCUUCAACGUCGCGCUCGCUGUAAUCUGGUCAUCAGUGAAGACGGCCCGUGAAUGCUGAGCUGACCGGCUGUAACUGACGCGGCCGUGUGCAUAGUUUGUCUAAUCUUCGUAUGAACCCUGCUGUCGGAGUCUCCCGGCAUUUGGUGUGCACUGGUGUCGUACCGCAGCGCUCGCUGGACACUUGCUGCAGCCCUCGACUUCCUGCACAGUCGCGCUCCAGCGGUGUGUAAUGUCUGUGAAGUUGUUUUGCCUCGUUUUUUACAAUGCACCGUAGAAGUUAUUGGUAAUGUGAAGGCUGUUUACCAAAGCUUGAAAGUUUAGAUGGCAUUGUCAGUCAGGCUGGGACAAACUGUCAACAUCUUUUUUGAUCUCUUCUUUCAGAAAGUGGAAAAUGUCUCUAAAAUCAAACAAGAACAUUGUCACAGCAUGUUAAGUACAAAAGCCAGUCAGCGAAAGCACACUCAAAGUCAGGUCUGACCCUGUUGAAAGACCCUAAAGGUCUUGAUAUUGACUAUUUGUAAAGACAAAACAACAUUGAGCUUCUGUUGAAGUAUCAAGAGCCUCUUUAUUACUUUAACGGCAGGACGACGAGGUUUUGUAGGUGAGUGUAUGAGUGUGCGUACCAUAGCUGUGUCACAGAGGUCUGUUGUUCAGCGGGUAAGCAGAAAUGUAAACACUUGCUCAGCAACAAGAGGAUUACACACUCUUUUAGAAAAUAAGGCCUCUAACAGGGCAAGACGACCAGAAAGCUUUUGAAAAGGAAAGGAUUACAAAUAUUUCUCUGGUACAGGGCGGUUCCGCUGGCUGUCGAAGCCGUUCAUCAUGGCACCCGUACAAAAACGCCUCAUUGGAUGCAGAUAUUAAGUGUUGGUUUUUAGCUUUUUCGAGUGUCGAAAGUUCUUCUACUGCUGUUUUGAUAUGACUUGUCGACACACAUUCAUAUCUAAAGCACACAUCCUCCAAAGGCCAGAAGACAUCAGGCUAGGAAAAACAAUUGUGUUGUGCGAGACAUGCGCCCAAACUAUUCUGUGCGUGAUUAUCAGCUAAAAAUAUCAGCGAUUAUCAGUGAAAACCAUAUAUCUUUUAAUCACCAAGUUAUACUGAGCCAAUAUAAAUGCCCUCAUUUUCAGCUUUGUGACAAUCCAUUUUCCAGCUAACUCGAUGGGUUUUUAAUUGUCGAUUAGUUUAUUCGAAAAUGUAUCUGCAACAUUUUGAUAAUCGUUUUGACUUUCUUUUUCUUUUUAAAGAAAAAGUCCUCAAAUUCUCUGGUUCCAUCUUCUCCUAUUUGGGGUUUUGGACGGUCGGUCGGACUAAUCAAGACAUUUAAAGAUCUUAAAAAAUUAAAAAAAUUUAAAGAAGUUAUCUUGGACGACGCUGGAAAACCCCGAUGAACAUUUUAUAAAUAAAACGAUUCAUUGAGAAUAGAAUUGCCGGAUUGAUGGAUAAUCAACAUUUGCAGCCCUUCUUAAGAAACAGGAACAUUUUCUCAAACCACAAAAUAACUUAAUCCUUCAGUACCAAAAGUAAACUAAUUAUCCUCUAAACAGCAAAGUCUCUGGCGGCUGCCAUUGGCCCAGUGACCGCCUCCAGUCUGCGUGAGCCACUGUACCCGAUUCAUCGUCUGACAUUGAUUAGCAGCAUGUACCGUGUGAGGGAUGAUGGAUGACUGCCAGGUUGGGGCCAUGACAUCCAUAUUUAUAAUUUGUGCAGUUUAUAAAAUGACCUUGGCUCCGUGGCUCUGGUGUGCUGUACCUCCAGAUCUGACAAGUGUGAGGCCGCGUUCAGAACAGAAAUAGCGCACUGUGUUAAAAACCCACAAGGGGGCUGCGUUGCUACAGGUACCGGUGAGAAAAUGAAAUAUGAUCCAGGAGGUUUAGUUUGAGGCCUACAUCAAUGACUUUGAAGGCUUAUCACAUACCGAAACACCGCACAGGGGUUCAGGAUACUUUCACGUGACGCUCUCAAGGUAAACAACACUGUUAAUGUUGCAAAUAACCUCCCAGGAACAUACAUACAAUGUGGCAUCGCACACUGACCACACUACCAACGCAUGGGGAGGAAACAGGGUCAUCGGGUCGCAGUCCCCAGAUUCUUACUGUUCUUUUUACUUUCUGGCCACGUUGCAUGAAUGAGCUUACAAAUCCACCAUGCCAGGAUCUCAGAGAGUAGAGGUGCUGAGAAUAAUAUAUGAAUGUCUGCUGCCUUACAACAUCAUACUUAAUAAGAGCAAUCUUCUUACUUCAGAGAUUCCGUUCUUCUGAGAGUUACGUCUUCAUCCCUCUGAGCUAUACAGAAAUAUGUCUUGCUGCUCUGUCAAGGACACGCCUCUCCUUUUGUGUUAUUAACGGUAGGACGAUGUGGAAAUUAUAGCUUCCCUUUCAGCUGCCCUGUGUGGGUUUAGAACAGAGAGAGGAUGGCUCCGUGCCUGGCAGAAUUAUUGACUCACUCUUCAUAAAACUCUUUGCUUUGUCUACCUCUUUAUAUUUCACCAUUCUCUCUUCCUACUUCUGUAGCCUUUUUCUUUCACUCGUUCACUCACUCGUUCAUUCAGGAGAGACGACUCCUGGUCUUAUCUCUUCGGAACAGAAUCAACACCCCGCCCUCCUCUCACUGUGGACGGCUUAUUGUCCCGACUCCAUCCAGUCAUUCAGCCUCGGAACAGAUCCCUCCCUGUGACUGAACACACACUGUUCGAUGGUUGUUUCUGAAACUAAAAGUGCAAAUUAUUUAGUUACGAACUAAAAAUCUAUUUUCUCUAAGUUUUGUAAGAAUGAUGAAGGUAAGAACAAAAUAAACUCAGAAGACAUGCUGAGUCAAAACCACAGAAGACAGUGAGAUAGUUUGACUGAUUUUAAAAACACAAACCACCAUAAUAAGGUCAUUAUUACGAGCCAUAUUCAUGUUACUGCAUCUUAUGUGUUUGCAUGCAGCUGCAGUUUGCAUCUCUGAGGAGUAAAUUUCUCAGGAAUUUCUCUAAAUUGAUUUAAAUGUAUUGAAACUUGGCAUCAUUUCUCCAAAGUCUGUGAAGCAGGAGAAGAGUUAUGACAAUUUCUUUUCUAUAUUGUACUAAUUUGGAAUGCAUUUUAAUAUUCUACUACUACUAAAUACAGAUGCAGUUAUUUAUGAGUCUAGUGCAGCCGUAGAGGAACUGUGUCGACAUAGAUAAUAACUGAGACGCAAAUAUGUAUUCAAAUAUUUGUGGGAAACUUGGAAAUGCUGAAGAACAAAGUGAUACUUUAAGAUGCCACGCUUUAGUUGUGACAUGACUGCGGUGCUACAUCAGGGCUAAUCCUUAAGAUGCUGUAUAGCCACUGACCUUUGUGCCGAGUCGUCAGAACAACAAGUGUAGCAAAGCCAACAAAGCAUCCAUUCAUAUUAAUAUGAAUCUACAAAUCUUUACUGUUCGUUUGAGGAAAUGUUUGGAAGGACUUAUUGUUGAUGAACAGUGUUUUGGUUCGAGGUUUUCCAGUGUGUAUAACUUUUUUUUUUUUAAAUGAAUAAGUAAAGAAAUACGUGACAGUAAAAUGGGGAAAAAAUAAGUGCAAUUUAAUACCUUUUGACGCCGACGCCUCAGCCUUCUCACAGCAUGUUGGGCCUCUGCGAUUUGAGCGUGGGUGUUGUAGUUGCUUUCAGACGAACACGGUUCUUUAUUCCCUUUAAGCCAAACACAGAAAGUGCUUUACUUUUCUGUCUGUGCUGUAAAGGCUGUAGCUGAUGCCCAUCUGUUCAUUUGGUCAGGAAACUAAGGAACCUGAACUGAUUUCUAUGAACCAAAAGUGAAUUUGCUUCAUCACCGACACAACAUUACAUCAAACAUUACUGAAUCCCAUCCCUCUGUAGUCUUUAGAGUCGGCCGCACAGAAGGCUAAACAGUCGGUCCUUUUUUAACUCCUGCAAACAUUUGAGGAGAUUUAAAAGAUUCUCAUGGUAUGAAUCUUUUAUGAUUUUUUUUCUACACUGCAGGUUGUUGUGAUCCUGCUCUCUUCCUCUAUCACAUACCUCAUUACUCAUUCCUCUGCAUAUUCCUUCAGUUGAUUAAAGCUCCUUCACCUGCAGUCGCGGUGCUUUCAUAUUCAGUUUACAGGUUGAAUGAGCAGGUGUUGCUUCGUAUGAACAGCUCGACGGAUAUGUAGAAGCAACAAUACUUUUAAAGGGUCAGUUCACCCCAAAAACAUCUUUAUCACUGAAGUCAUAGCAGUAUCGAACAAUGCAGAGUAACAUAGUAACUAAAUACAUCGUUUUUAAUUAGUGACAACAUCACGCUGUUUUACCAGAAAGUAGUUGUAAUCCUUCAUCGAUCCUUGAACCUGCCUAUAAUGCUCUUAUUUGCUCUUAUCUGAGUCUUUCCCUAACGUCCAUUUGUUUUCUCUAUUCUCUCUUAUGUGCUGACCCCUGUUGUGGAACACACAGGUAAGAAACAUCUCAUUUUCUUUGAUUAUAGUCCAUCACAACCCACUGUGGUCUCCACUGGUGUUUGAAGUAUUUUGUCUGCAACAACUCAGGAUGCUGUUUUGGUACCUGUAGGGGGCAGCAUGAACUAAAAGUUCAGUGAUCACUGACGAAGCAGAGAGCUCAGUGUAGCCCUGCACCUUCACCGUGUUAGUAUGCUGAGAGGUUCGUGCGUUACGGCUCUGUCUGUAUUCACACACUGUGUUUAAUUUCGCUUUUUCUUAACAGUGUUGUGGCAUUUCCUGGUCUGAAAGGAGUCCCUCAUGUUGUUUGCUGCAGUUGUUUUAGUACCCGCAGUGGUCUUGUGGCUCUGUGUUGUCAUGCUUUAGUUUCGUGGAAUCAUGGACACCGCCCAAUCACAUCUUUUGUGCCUGAAGUCUGUUUGACUCCCGCUGUACACAUCUCUGCCUCUUGCAAGAAAAAACGAGUAUUUAUAAGCAGUUCCCUCGGACGCAUAUCUGCUGUUUUUCAAGCACCGACCCUCCUCACUCGUCUCCCACAUGCAGACUCUCCCGGCUAAGAGCUUCGAUAAAUGUUCAGGUUGUUAUGACGACUAUAAGUGCAGCAUUCAAUACUACAUUAACAUCGACGAAGCUCUGACACUGUUGCACAUCUCUUCAGGUUUAAUGCAAUGCUAAUCCCAAAAGGCUCUGCGCUGAAGGAUCCAUGGGGUUUUGUUAAUGGUCUGGUUUGAGAAACAACUUAAAUUUGAACGAAGCAAUCUAAACAAUAAAAGGCCGGCCUGCUAUUUAAAUAUGUUCAUUGUAUCAAUGCUUUGGUAGCUGUUUUAAAAGAAGUCUAGUAGGAGGAUCGAUCAGUUUUUAGGAUCACAGAGAUGCAUGUCAUCUUACAUCUUUUUCAAAAUACAAGGUAAACUUGUGAUAGCUGGAGGGAAGUAACGAAAAGUUUGAAGCUUCUUUCAUGAAGUUGACAUUCGUAUUCUAAAUCAACAUUCGAACACUGCACAGCUUUUUUGUUCUGUUUAAAAACAAAAUCUGAUUUAUCACUUAAUUCAAAUCUAAGAUGUUGUUAGUUUUAUAGAUGGACAUUCAAAGUUUCAUAAUAAAGACAUUUGGUACGGCCCUUAAUAGCUGUUUCGUGACGUCCAAGCACACAGGUACUGUUGACUGAUGGGCCGAACCACAUCUGUCUUCUGAAAAUACUUUCCCAACUCAUCAUUGUCUUUGGUAGAUUAAAUGUUGCCUUGCUCUUCGGCCUUCAGUCACUUUGCAGUGACGGUCUGGAGGUGGAACUGCUCAGCCAUCAGCCUUGGGUGUGCUACAGUUUGAUGGGGCGCAAGUCAGUCGAUGCAAAGUGGCUCCCAGUGUCACAACUGUGCAUGGCAGGAAGUGGCGCGGGGAUAAUUGAGGACCUUGUGCUGCAUCAGUGCACCCUGAUUUUUCUGUGGCGGUGUGGGGUCAAAGAUGUUUUUUCAGUGUUUCUGUUUCAGUGCUGGGAGGAUGAGGCCAGUCUGCUACACGGCGUUAGUCCAGGGUAGCAUUUGUGUGGAGCCAAAAGAGUCUCCUGUUUUAUACAAAAGAACGUGAAGGUAGUGCAUCAUUUGUCACUUAGUUUCUCAGACCAAAAUGUUUCUCUUGCAAGGCCAAGGGUUCUGCCAAUAUUAAGUCUGGUCUGUUAUGAACAGAUGCAUAUGUUCUGCUCAUAGGAACAUAACAGCGCUUCACUGGUAAGACAACAAGUAGACCUUUGCUAAUCUGUCCUUUGAAUGUGAUGGGGACAAUUUCAUUGUCCAAGUUUUUUUUUUUUUAGGGCUUAUUUGUUUAUUUGUAGAGAAAACCCAGGUAUGUAGGUGUCCACCCUACCCCAAUCGUACUGUGCAUUCAGCAAGUUUCCAAUAUGCUUCAUGUGAAAUCAAAUUCAUCAUCCUCUAAUUUAUCCGUUGAAACAAUAUGGACAGCUUCAUAUUUGACCUUUUCUCUUCAGCAAGGUGUCUGCAGGUAUGAAAAGCAUACAAAUCAAGUUGCUGGGCAGCACACCUGCAUUCACGUCGAGGUCACAUCAGGCUACACGGAAAGCAUCAACUUCCUGUUGAUGCGUUAGCCGUCUCAUUGUGCAUGGAUGUCGACUGGAAGCCUGGAAGCAUUUGUCCUCAUGAAGAGAAAGUUGGACCAUGGCCCCGAGGUCCGAUCUUUCCCUUCAGGAAAAAAGCCCUGCAAAGGCCCCGAGUACCCAAGCCUGACAGGAAUUGUCCCAUGUCCGGCCACACCCACCACAUUUGGCCACAUUAGAACAGCCAAUUGUCAGGGGCAGCAGAGACGGCGCAUCACCUCAAUCCAGCCACCCACGGGUCUCCAAGAAUGGCUCCGAACAUUUCAGAGCUGGACUGGCCCAGAGAAGCUGCUGGCGCUGGAUGAGUUGAUUGACAGCUGUGAGCCCACACAAGUCAAGCAUAUGAUGCAGGUGAUCGAGCCGCAGUUUCAGCGAGACUUCAUCUCCCUGCUGCCCAAAGAGCUGGCUUUGUAUGUGCUGUCAUUCCUGGAGCCGAAGGACCUCCUUCAAGCAGCCCAGACGUGUCGCUACUGGCGCAUCCUUGCGGAGGACAACCUGCUGUGGCGGGAGAAAUGCAGGGAAGAAGGCAUCGAUGAGCCUCUGUCCCUCAAGAAGAGGAAAAUCGUCAAGCCCGGCUUCACUCACAGCCCCUGGAAGAGUGCCUACAUCAGGCAGCACAGAAUAGACACCAACUGGAGGAGAGGGGACCUCAAAUCACCCAAGGUGCUGAAAGGUCACGACGACCACGUGAUCACCUGCCUCCAGUUUUGUGGCAACCGCAUUGUCAGCGGCUCUGACGACAACACGCUCAAAGUCUGGUCGGCCAUCACAGGAAAGUGUCUGCGCACGUUGGUGGGCCACACAGGGGGCGUGUGGUCAUCCCAGAUGCGAGACAACAUCAUAAUCAGCGGCUCCACUGAUCGCACACUCAAGGUCUGGAACGCAGAGACAGGCGAAUGUAUCCACACCCUCUAUGGGCAUACCUCAACAGUGCGCUGCAUGCACCUACAUGAGAAAAGGGUGGUCAGUGGCUCUCGCGACGCCACGCUGCGCGUCUGGGACAUUGAGACGGGUCAGUGUUUACACGUCCUCAUGGGCCACGUGGCGGCCGUGCGAUGCGUCCAGUAUGACGGGCGGCGGGUAGUCAGCGGUGCCUACGACUUCAUGGUGAAGGUGUGGGACCCCGAGACGGAGACCUGCCUCCACACGCUGCAGGGCCACACCAACAGAGUGUACUCGUUACAGUUUGAUGGAAUCCACGUCGUGAGUGGCUCUUUGGACACGUCUAUCAGGGUCUGGGACGUGGAGACGGGCAACUGCAUCCACACGCUGACGGGGCAUCAGUCCCUCACCAGCGGCAUGGAGCUCAAAGACAACAUCCUGGUCUCAGGCAACGCAGACUCCACCGUCAAGAUCUGGGACAUCAAGACGGGCCAGUGCCUGCAAACACUGCAAGGUCCCCACAAGCACCAGAGCGCUGUGACAUGCCUCCAGUUCAACAAGAACUUUGUCAUCACCAGCUCGGACGAUGGCACAGUUAAACUGUGGGACCUGAAGACGGGCGAGUUCAUCCGAAACCUCGUGACUCUGGAGAGCGGCGGCAGCGGCGGUGUGGUGUGGCGCAUCCGAGCCUCCAACACCAAGCUGGUGUGCGCGGUGGGCAGCCGCAACGGCACAGAGGAGACCAAGCUGCUGGUGCUGGACUUUGACGUGGACAUGAAGUGAGAGGGGACGCGGUGGGGGAAGGACGAACAGAGCGAACCGCGGAGAGGAAGGAAUGGAGAGAUGGGGAGAUGAGGCACCUAGAAACCGGAGGGCCAAAAGCCCAGAGCUCUGCACCCAAACUCGCAAAAUCUACAACCACCACCACUGACAGUGGGCUGUCCUGUCCUCGACCAUUAACUCCCCCGUCCCCCCUUUAGGGCAAAUGUUACUGACAGAGCCACAGACCCUCACAUGUGUUCAGCCCCCGCUUUCGACCCCCUACCACCAGUACGCGGUGGAGUCGGAGGGCAUCGGGCUGGAAACGAGGCGGCGGGGCUCCACCGGUCCGUCCCUCGAUCGGCUGGGAGGAGGAAGAGAGGAAGAACGACUGAUGACGACUGAACUCUUUUGAAGUAACUCAACCAUUUCGGUUCGGGGGUCCGCUUUGCACAGAGACUUGGUUUCGCUCAAGCCUGACAGAUUUUGAGAUGUACAGAGAUAUAUUGUU